AUGCCACCCACACAUCUUGUUGAUGAGAAGUUUUUGCAAUACGCUAUGGACUCCUACGUCGCCGAUGUUAAUACAGAUGGUAGAGGUACGACAAUUAUCUUCACUCUGCAAGAGAAACCAGGCGCUCUAGCAGAGACUCUCAAAGUUUUCCAGGCCCACGAAGUAAAUCUGUCGCACAUAGAGUCUCGUCCAUCAAAAACACAUGCAGGCUGCUAUGAAAUUCUUGUCGAAUGUGAGGAGAACGCAAGCCAGCAUAAGAUUGAAGAUCUCAUCGACAUCUUCAAAAAGCGGGGUAAUGGACUGAUGGUACAUGACUGGAAUUCAAGCAAUAAGCAAAAUGGAGAUUCUGUGCCAUGGUUUCCUCGCCGUAUUGCUGACAUUGACCAGUUCGCUAAUCGUAUUCUCAGUUAUGGAGCAGAACUGGAUUCUGAUCAUCCCGGUUUCAAAGACACCACCUAUCGUGAACGUCGUAAAUACUUUGCAGAUAUUGCGUUCAAUUUCAGACACGGCGACAAAAUUCCCCGCAUAGAAUACACAGCCGAAGAAGUGGACACAUGGAGAACUGUUUAUAAUGAGCUAGUAGCACUAUAUCCAACACAUGCAUGCAAAGAAUUCAACUACAUAUUUCCUCUACUUCAACAAAACUGUGGAUUUAGAGCUGACAACAUCCCACAACUACAAGAUGUAUCCGACUUCCUCAAAGAUUGCACCGGUUUCACACUUCGUCCAGUUGCUGGUCUUCUCUCUUCCAGAGAUUUCCUGGCUGGUCUGGCCUUCCGAGUCUUCCACUCCACCCAAUAUAUACGGCAUCACUCUGACCCAAAGUACACUCCAGAACCCGACAUCUGCCAUGAAUUGCUUGGACAUGCACCGUUGUUCGCAGACGCAGAAUUUGCUCAGUUCUCUCAAGAAAUCGGACUGGCCAGUUUGGGCGCUUCCGAUGAGGUUGUGAAGCAGCUAGCUACGCUUUAUUGGUUCACCGUGGAGUUUGGAAUUUGCCUACAAAAUGGAGAGAAGAAAGCCUAUGGUGCCGGACUUCUCUCAUCUUUUGGCGAAUUGCAAUAUGCACUUAGUGAUAAGCCACAAGUGUCGCCGUUUGAACCAAAUGAUACGGCAAACACUGAAUAUCCCAUAACUGAAUAUCAACCAAAGUACUUCCUCGCCGACUCCUUUACUAGUGCUAAGGAAAAGCUCAAAACGUGGGCAGCCACAAUUCCACGGUCUUUCCAAGUUCGUUACAAUGCUUACACCCAAAGAGUCGAGGUGCUAGAUCGAGUUUCCGAACUACAAAGAAUGGUUCGCGACAUCAAGAGCGAAAUCACUACGCUGGAGGACGCGCUCGGAAAAGUGGAUGUUGCCAGCAGAUGAAGUUCAAAUCAAAACCAAGAAAAUCACUUGAUAGACUGUGCAGCUCUGGAGAGAUUAUCCCUUGUCCUUAACAGUAUGCUUAAAUGUGUUUUUCUCCCAUCUGACAUUGUAAUUGAAUGAGUGGAAGUUCAAAUUAAUGG